GAUUUGUGUAAGGUAGUACGAAACUAAAAGGAGUUAAAAAAAAGAGAAGAUGAUGAUUACAACUUAAAUUAUAUGAGAUAAUCAAAUAUAUAAUUGAAAAUGCAAUUAGAUAAAUUGAAAGAAUAACAAGGAUUAUUAUCUUAUAAUUUAAGAAUAUAAUCUAAGUAAUAGGAAUUGAUUUUAAUGAAGUUAGAUGAUUUAAUGAAGGUAUAAUUUUAUAAUAAUUAAUAUAUAAGAAAUGUUAGAAAAAAAAGAAUCCUGAAGUUGAGAAACCAUAUAAAUAGACUUGGGAUUUGAUGAUGAAUUUGUUGAAAGGAUAUUAACCAGAAUAUGGAUCUAUUUUAAUUUAAUCUUUAUAAGAGAUUUGUGAACCAAUAAUGACUCCAUUUUCUGAAAUUUAUAAUACCCCAUUAUAAUUUCCCUUUCUUUGA